AAGCAGCUGCUGUGUAAGGACGUAAUUUUGCUCUAGCUGUUCCUUCGGUUUCUGUUUUCAAAGAUAAUGCAGCAGAACAUUGCUUUCUUAUCAAUGCUCGAGGAGCGAAGUGGGCAUAUCGCGCCAUAGCAGUCAGGGUCGCCUGUUUCUUUGCUUAUCAUUCACAAGGAGCUUGCCGUGUCACACACUUGUUCAGAAACAAUCGUACUUUGCGCGUAAUUUUUUGAUUUUUUCUAGAAAACUGGGUACAGGAGGAGCAGAAUUCGUGCAUCGAACUAGACUCUUGUUAGCAGAACGUGGUCGUUCUUCUUUACAAUUUGUGGACGAUUCCAUAAUGAGGCCAAGUCAGCUGUAUCUUUUCGUUUAUAAUGCUUUACAAGUUCUUGGUUGGGGGAUCAUUCUCAUUAAAACCGUCUAUGGGCUAUCCAAACAUCUAUCCUGGCCAGAAUUAUACACUUCUGUCGAGAUUGAAGUAAAGAUCUUCCAGACUCUCGCCAUCCUUGAGGUUAUCCAUGCAGCAGUUGGUCUCGUACGUUCUCCUGUGGGCACUACUGCUAUGCAAGUUUGGAGUCGUUUGCUAUUGGUUUGGCCUAUCCUGCAUACAUGUGCUACAGCACGUCAAAGUGUUGGUGUCCCCAUGCUUCUCGUUGCAUGGUCUGUUACAGAGGUCAUCAGGUAUUCAUUUUACGCACUUGGACUAUUCAAUGCUAUACCUUACUUCCUUACCUGGAUGAGAUAUACUCUCUUCAUUGUGCUCUAUCCUCUUGGCGUGACAGGCGAACUUCUGACUCUCAUCGCUUCUCUUCCAGAGGUUGCUGCGAAGAAGCAUUACACCAUCGAAAUGCCGAAUCCUGCUAAUAUGGGUUUUUCCUUCUACGCUGUUUUGAUCAUAUCGGCACUCCUUUACAUUCCGGGUUUCCCUCAACUUUAUUUGUACAUGUUCGCUCAGCGAAAGAAGGUGCUUUACGUAGAAGCUGCGAAGAAAAAGGCGUAGAGAGUAGGGACUAGUCAGAGCUUAUCUUGUUAAUGAAAAAACUGUAAUAUUUUCUACUUAACGCGUGACCUCUGCCGAAUUUGCCUUCCGAGGAUAUCUCAGUUGUAGCUUGAGGUUGCAGUGUAGCUUCAGCCAUGUGAGCAUUUGUGAUACCGGUGCUAUUGCUGUGUGAUAAUAAAGCAUUUUGUUGUAAAG